AUGUCUGGAACUCUCUCCUCCCUCACCUCUGGAACUCUUUCCUCUGGAACUCUCUCCCCCCUCACCUCUGGAACUCUCCUCUGGAACUCUCUCCCCCCUCAUCUCUGGAACUCUCUCCCCCUCAUCUCUGGAACUCUCUCCUCCCUCACCUCUGGAACUCUCUCCUCUGGAACUCUCUCCCUCCUCACCUCUGGAACUCUCCUCUGGAACUCUCUCCCCCCUCAUCUCUGGAACUCUCUCCCUCCUCACCUCUGGAACUCUCCUCUGGAACUCUCUCCCCCCUCAUCUCUGGAACUCUCUCCCUCCUUACCUCUGGAACUCUCCUCUGGAACUCUCUCCCCCCUCAUCUCUGGAACUCUCUCCCCCCUCACCUCUGGAACUCUCCUCUGGAACUCUCUCCCCCCUCAUCUCUGGAACUCUCUCCCCCUCAUCUCUGUAACUCUCUCCCCCCCCCCAUCUCUGGAACUCUCUCCCCCCUCACCUCUGGAACUCUCCUCUGGAACUCUCUCCCCCCUCAUCUCUGGAACUCUCUCCCUCCUCACCUCUGGAACUCUCCUCUGGAACUCUCUCCCCCCUCAUCUCUGGAACUCUCUCCCUCCUCACCUCUGGAACUCUCCUCUGGAACUCUCUCCCCCCUCAUCUCUGGAACUCCCCCCUCACCUCUGGAACUCUUCUCUGGAACUCUCUCCCCCCUCAUCUCUGGAACUCUCUCCCCCUCAUCUCUGUAACUCUCUCCCCGCUCACCUCUGGAACUCUCUUCUCUGGAACUCUCUCCCCCCUCACCUCUGGAACUCUCCUCUGGAACUCUCUCCCCCCUCACCUCUGGAACUCUCCUCUGGAACUCUCUCCCCCCUCAUCUCUGGAACUCUCUCCCCCUCAUCUCUGGAACUCUCUUCUCCCUCACCUCUGGAACUCUUUCCUCUGGAACUCUCUCCCCCCUCACCUCUGGAACUCUCCUCUGGAACUCUCUCCCCCCUCAUCUCUGGAACUCUCUCCCCCUCAUCUCUGGAACUCUCUCCUCCCUCACCUCUGGAACUCUCUCCUCUGGAACUCUCUCCCUCCUCACCUCUGGAACUCUCCUCUGGAACUCUCUCCCCCCUCAUCUCUGGAACUCUCUCCCUCCUCACCUCUGGAACUCUCCUCUGGAACUCUCUCCCCCCUCAUCUCUGGAACUCUCUCCCCCCUCACCUCUGGAACUCUCCUCUGGAACUCUCUCCCCCCUCAUCUCUGGACCUCUCUCCCUCCUCACCUCUGGAACUCUCCUCUGGAACUCUCUCCCCCCUCAUCUCUGGAACUCUCUCCCUCCUCACCUCUGGAACUCUCCUCUGGAACUCUCUCCCCCCUCAUCUCUGGAACUCUCUCCCUCCUCACCUCUGGAACUCUCCUCUGGAACUCUCUCCCCCCUCACCUCUGGAACUCUCUCCCCCUCAUGUCUGGAACUCUCUCCUCCCUCACCUCUGGAACUCUCUCCUCCCUCACCUCUGGAACUCUCUCCCCCUCAUGUCUGGAACUCUCUCCUCCCUCACCUCUGGAACUCUCUCCCCCCUCAUCUCUGGAACUCUCUCCCCCCUCAUCUCAGAAACCCGGACUCACUAA